CAGUUCUUUCGAAAGCAGCGGCGCACAAAGCCCGACCUACAUCCCGACAGUCCCUCAAGUAGUCGCGACUCGCCUAAGAGCUCGAGGAGCCUGUUUCCUCCGUCAAAAACCCUGCCCAGUACGUCAACCACCUCGGGCGAUCAAGCGGAGGGCGUGAAGGGCCCGCUUGGACUGAGCCUCCUCUAUUCCCCGACGGCGCCGGAGGUCGACUUCAUAUUCGUCCAUGGCCUAGGCGGAAAUUCUAGAAAAACAUGGAGCAAGUCGUCCCUGCAGUCUGAUUUUUGGCCAAAGGAGUGGCUCUCCAAAGACCCCGCAUUCAAGAACGUCCGCAUCCAUAGCUAUGGGUACGAUUCAUAUUAUUUGAAGGGCAAGGAGGACUGCUUGAAUGUACACCACAUUGGCAAGUCAUUCCUAGGCGCGAUCAGCACUUCGCCAUGCAUUAUCAAUUCCGGGACAUACAUCGUUGUCAUCGGCCACAGCAUGGGUGGCUUGGUGAUGAAGAAAGCAUAUAUCCUUGCGAAACAAGACGCAGUACACAAGGCGCUGGCUGGGCGAUUCGCCGCAUUCUAUUUCCUGGCCACGCCGCAUCGAGGUGCCGACUCGGCAAAGAUGCUGAAGAACCUCCUCAGGGUUGCGUACGACCGCGCUUAUAUUGGUGAUCUAGAACCGAACUCUGGGGCGGUCCAAGUGAUCAAUGACGAAUUUCGGCAUUUUUCGGCCAGCCUUGAGCUUUGGUCGUUCUACGAAACGCAGAAUAUGAAACGGUUUAGCUCACUCAUCGUCAAUCCCGAGUCGGCCGUCCUCGGGUACCGUGAAGAGAAGCAGAUACCCAUGACUGCUGACCACCGCUCUAUAUGCAAGUUUGACACACCUGAAGACUCCAACUACGCCCUCCUACGAAAUGCGCUCGCCUCUACUGUCAGCAAAAUUGCCACGGCAAUUCCGGAGCUGAAGCUGAAGCAAAGGCGUGAGAGGAUCAAAAACCUCAAGAAGUACCUGGAAGUUGCCGACGUCUUGGACGAUGAUCUUGCAAACGUCUGUGAAGCUCGGAUGCACGGGUCGUGCGGAUGGAUUUCGACCAAAGCCAGUUACGUCAAAUGGAGAGAUGGGGAAUCCGGAAAUGACAGGACGCUAUGGGUCAAGGGCAAGCCAGCAACUGGAAAGUCUGUUCUCGCUGGCUAUGUUAUCGAUCAGCUCAAGGAGUCCGGCCAGGCAUGCAGCUACUUUUUCUUCAAACAUGGAGACAGGUCGAAGUCCAACCUGGGUCGUUGUCUACGAUCUCUGGCUUUUCAGAUGGCUAGCUCCAAUGCCGAAGCUAGUGAUGCCAUCCUAGGGAUGCAGGCGGAUGGUAUUUGCUUAGAUCGCGUCGACGAACGUACCCUUUGGAGAAUCCUCUUCCUUUCUGGCAUUUUCCAGGCCACAAUGACUCGACAUUACUGGGUCAUCGACGCCCUGGACGAGUGUUCCAAUCCUCCGGUCUUUUUGCAUGCCAUUCUUUCCAACAUGGACGAAUCUAUACCACUGAGAAUUCUCGUCACAAGUCGGGAUACGGUCGAUCUGGACCAAGGUUUCUCGGCCAUUCCACCCAGCCUAGUCCAGUCCUUGCCAAUCUCGACAACAGACACAGAGUCAGAUCUCAGGCUUUUGGUGGAGAGGAGGACCCAGGUCUUAGGAGUCGUGGGACCUGACGAUCGAGGUACAUUGGCCGAGAAGAUUCUAGACAAAUCUAGGGGCUCCUUCUUGUGGACAAUUUUGGUGCUUGAGGAACUCCUACGCUGCCACAGCAGAAAUGAAACUCACCAGAUUCUUGAAGACGUGCCGAGAGGCAUGCAGUCACUAUACAAGCGGACUUUAGACUACAUGUCGCAGGCCGCUCGUGGAAAGGAGCUGGCCAAAACCAUUCUCAUGUGGGCAGCAUGCGCGGUUCGACCUAUGACAAUCAGCGAGCUGGACGGUGCUCUGACCCUGGACAUCCACGACUCAUUCCCAAGAUUGGAGGAGAGCAUCGCCGCGCUCUGUGGUCAACUGGUGGUCGUGGACAAAUAUGGGAGAGUUAAGAUGGUGCAUGAAACUGCCAGAGAAUUCCUUGUAGCCGGCGGGCUUGAGUCCGAGUUCUCCAUCGAGAAAACUAAGGCGCACACACGGAUGGCUCAGGUGUGCCUCAACUACCUUGUCGGGGAGGAAAUGAAGCCUCCGAGGAACGGUCGACGCCGUUCUUCGGCAAAUUUGCUAGAAACAAGACUGGAUUUCGCCGCCUAUGCAUACACAGCAUACUCAUAUCAUCUCUCGAGGGCUGAUCCGUUGGCGGCAGGGACGUUCCAGCUUGUCGUGCAGUUCCUGAGAUCCAACGUCCUCACUUGGAUCGAAACGAUUGCCGGCUCUCGGAAUCUCAAUGACCUCAUCCGCGCCUCAAAACAUCUCAAAACCUACGUCAAUGCGUGUGCCGCUGAGCGUUCACCACUAGACCCUCGGAUACGAGCGCUCCGACAGUGGACCACAGACCUUGCUCGGAUUCCUGCCAUGUUCGCCAACGCCCUCACGGUAUCACCGUCAGCAAUAUACUCGUUGAUACCCCCAUUCUGUCCCACCGAGUCUAUGGUAUACAACACCGGGGGCUCAGGCCGGAGGCUCGCGGUGCUUGGCGCGCCUAAUAAGCAAUGGGAUGACAGGCUGCUGUGCAUCGAUUUCCGUCAGGGUCACCCAAGGGCGUUGAGUUAUGGAGACGAGUUCUUGGCCGUCGGUCUCAGUUCAGGAACUGUCGUAUUGUACUACGCCACAUCCUACCAGGAGUACAAGGUCUUUGAGCACGGUGAAGCUGUCAACUUCAUUGCUUUCAGGACCAAAACCGACCUCGUAGCGACUUGUGGUAUGAAGAUGGCCAAGGUCUGGGACAUCAGAAGUGGGCAAGUGGUGCACAGCCUCGCGAGCCCUCCGCGUCCGCUGGGGAUGGAAUUCGAUGGAGAGACGCUUUUAAUUGCGAGUCGCAACAACUACGUCGCGACUUGGAACUUGGGACACGACGCCCGGCCGCAGUCGGUGCGGAGGCCAUGGAGCGAUACCGAUACGCCAGAGACGAACCGAACGCCUCCGCGUGGUACCCCAAACGCACUGACUCUCUCUACCAGCCACGGAAUGCUCGCUGUCGCUUACAGCGGCCAACCCAUUACGUUAUGGGACAUGGAGGAGGACGCCUACGCUGGUAACUGUGGCAAGAAACUCUCCAGCGGAGAGACCAGCACGCAUGUCGUCGUCGCGCUUGCUUUCAACCCCAACCCUGACAUUAGCCUUCUCGCAGUCGCAUACCUCGAUGGUGAUCUUGCCCUUCUUGACCCCUUUGCCGAUCAGCAGCUGGAAUGUUUUCGCGCCAACUGCCAAACCCUCGCCCCAAGCCCCAAUGGGCGCCUCCUCGCAGCGGGUGGUGCAAAUGGGAUUAUCCACGUUUACGAAUUUGAUACGUUCAAGCUACUCUAUCGGGUCAAGUCAUCCAACUCGUAUAUCAAGCAGCUUGCCUUUACCAGAGACAGUAUGCUUCUUGCCGACAUACGAGGCGCCCAGUGCACUGUCUGGGAACCUGAAGCUCUGUUGCGAGAGUCCCUGAGCGAUGACAGCAGCGGGCUCACUUCCACUACAGUGGUCGAGACGGUUUCCAUGGAAGCCAAAGUGAAGAUUACUGCCAUGGUGGUCCAUCACACGUCCGAAGUUGUCUUUUGCGGAAAGGAUGAUGGAUCAGUCGUACUGUACGAGCGGAAAAUGGCAGCGAGCUUGGGGACUCUCUACAGCCACAAGUCACCAGUCCGCCUGUUGGCCUGGAUUGAACAGAGAGACGCCCUCCUUAGCAUCGAUGCCUCCAACAGGAUCUUCCUACACAGAAUCCAGAAGUCAGCAGAUAAAGGUUGGCUCAACGAUCUGACGGUACUCUUCAAGUCCCGCCUCGACUCCGAGAAGGCAAUCAUAGACGUGCUAGUAGGAGAAAUGGCAGCGAAAUUUCUGGUAUCGACUCGCGAGUCUGAUCAUCUGUUCAACUUGGACAGUGGUAACUAUGAGAGAGAGCGGACAUAUCCACAAAUGCCAGGAAUCCGCAAAUGGCUCCCUCAUCCAGAAUCCUCUCUACAUCUGGUUUGUGUCAACAACAUCAAAGUCUGCGCGUACUGCUGGAGUGACUGGUCUGAAGUUUCAUCUAUUGCAUUGUCGUUGGACAGCGACACAGCAGAGCUCAAAAGCGCGAUCCUCUAUUCGCUCGGCCAAAAACAAAGAAUCAUGCUCGACUUGUUACAUCCGAACAGCUCCGUCAACACCAACAGGAUUGCGAUAAUUGACGCAAACUGUCUCGCCGUCGCAAACAACGAUAGCAGCUCGCUAGGGAAGCAAUUGGAUGCUGUGGCGGCGUUGGAUCAACUUGCCACGGAUGAAGACGGGGAGAGUAUGGUCACGACAUCGAGUCCAGCCGCUCCGCUUCGUUCACGGAUGACGACAUUCGAACUAAGCGUUGCUCAUGUCAUCGGAAUUGACGAAUCGAGGAAACUCGUAUUCUUGAACCGGUCUUUUUGGGUGUGCUCUGUUGAUCUCAGCGAGAGCGGGUUAGAGAUCGCGCAACGCAAAGAUUCCCCGACGAUCGAGGUCUUUGAGCACUUUUUCGUCCCGUACGAUUGGUUCGCUGGGAAGAGGGACAUUGUUUGUGCCUUGACAAGGAGAGAUAUUAUGUUGACUCGGAGUGGUGACCUGGCGGUGAUUAGGGGCGGCCUUGACUAUGCUGAGAGAGUGAGUAUAGAAUAA